AUCAAAAGCGCCAGGUUCCCACGUGCAAAAUCGCGACUCAUCAUGUCGCAGCCGCAGAAACCACCAGAAGCCAACAUGUCCAAGCUGUCCUCUUCGCUCAAGGCCCUCGUCAACGCGCCGUUUUCGCGCCCGGGGCCGCUGCCGGCGCCCGGCCAGGUGCAGGACCUCUUCCAGUCGAUUGCGCGGGACGCUUCGAAGCGGAACCUCGGCGUCAACUCUUGGCUUGCCAUUUCUACCGCGACCACCUUUACCCUCAAUUCUCCCGACUCGCUCCCCGUGCUCCACCGCGUUGCCUCGGCCGAGCAGAAUGGCGCGGGGGUCAAAACAGCCGAAUACAUGCGGGAAGUCGGCCUCAAGUGCAUCAGCUUCAACGGGAUCCCUCGAUCAAUCAACUGCCUCAACGCCUUCUACGCAUCGCUCCCCAAAGACAUCACGUCGCAGCUCUGCACCGCGCCCAGCCGCACGCCGACAACGCAGACUCUGGACGCUGGCCUCGCGCGGGGCCGAGGUCUGUGGGACUCCGUAUACCGACCCUUCGAGGACAAGCUCUACGAGAAGCUUGCCCUCUCGCACCCGGAUCUCCCGGCGUAUAUCCUGAGCCAUCACUACGCGGGCCUGCUCAGCGAUCCUCCCGCAGAGGAGCGAGCCGACCUGGCGAGUGUCGGACGAGUCCACACCUCGCUGGUGGCCAUUUCGUGCUUGAGGGCUCAGACGGGCGUUGGGCCGCAGGUGCUCUCGCAUGUCUUCGGCCUGAGGAAAGCCAUCGAGGAUGAGUCGUUCCGCGCGGACCGAGAUGGCGAGAGCGAGGAGAAUGUCAAGUGGUUGGCUAGUGACCAAGGCAGCGAGUGGAUUUUAAACACGAUCGAUAAGAUCAUCGAGGUAAUGGGUGGCUCGACCUUUGCCCCGGCUGGACGGGAGGCAAAGCUGUAGUGUAGUAUAGCAUACCUGGCAUUCAAGCAUUGUGAGAAUUAGCGAAAUACUUCCAUUUAUC